GGAAGGGCGCGGCCUCAGACCCGGAGCGCGGGGCUCCACGAGAGAUCGGGGGCUGCCGCACCGUGGUGCUGCUUCGGGUUGAAUCGGGCACCGCACGUGGCCGCCGGCUCGUAGGGCCGGGGCACGGCGGGGACGCGGAACUGAAACGUGGAACUGAACGGCUGGCGGGGCCGAGAGCUGCCGGGGCCGGGCCGACAGUGAGAGCUGUGACCGAUGGACGGUCACGCGUGUGGCUGCAGAACUGCUGCUGCCAGGGAGUAGUUUGUGAAGGCUGACACCGUGCCCUCUGGCAGCAGGCAGAGAUAAUAUCUGGAGGGAGUUCUCCCCUCAGCAGUCCCUCCAAGCAGUGUUGGCCUCACGCAGACCUGUUCUGCCAGGUCAUCCCCUGCCAAGGCUGCAGCACUGUGUUGACCUUUGACUGCUCCCCGUGUCCCGUGCUGGUGACAUGUGAGUGCCUGGUCUACCAAGAAGCCAACACACUGUUUGGAGAGCUUUCCAGGGACACGGGUUUCAUUUGAGUCAGUUACAACUCUUCAACGUGAGUGGAUGCCAGAAGCCUCUGGAAUUAAACUCGUUACAGGCGUCAUGCUCAGAGAUGGACUUCAUCUUGUCCCCGUGAGGAGACUCUGCAUACUCUCAGCAGCUUGAGACGAAUUCUACUGCCAGUGUCUUCAGAAGCUGCUCCUCAGGAGGAUUUGCUCAGCAGUGCUGUGGGAGAGCCUGUAUUCACACAGUUGUUCCAGGACGGUACUCACUGCAAACCCAUGGAGGAACCUGCCUGCACACUCCAUCUUCUUUGAGCUCCUUAACGUGCACUGUUUGAACUGUUUGGGACUCCUGGCAAUAUUUACUUGUUUUCCCAACCUCUCUCCCAGAUACUGUUCGUUCCCUCUCUCACAGGGCCCAAAAAGGAUGUGAACUUUGGAAUGGGGUCUGUGAGCAACAGCGGACUCAGUGCAUGUGUGAGACUAUUACUGAAUAGUAGGAGGACUGUUUAACUGCUGCAGGCAGCCUUCCUCUUUGGCUGCAGGGUCGCAGGGCACCAGCCUUGCUUGGGCCCUUCAUCAUGUUCCUCCUGCUCCCCUUUGACAGCCUAGUUGUCAAUCUCUUGGGAAUCUCCAUAACUGUCCUCUUCACUCUACUCCUGGUUUUCAUCAUUGUGCCAGCAAUUUUUGGAGUCUCCUUUGGCAUCCGCAAGGUUUACAUGAAAACAUUAUUGAAGAUUUUUCAGUGGGCAACACUGAGAAUAGAGCGUGGUGCCAAGGAGAAGAACCAUCCGUUAUACAAGCCCUAUGUUAAUGGUAUCAUUGCCAAGGAGCCAACAUCUCUGGAAGAGGAGAUCAAAGAGAUCCGUCGGAGUGGCAGCGGCAAAGACCUGGACACCCCUGAGUUUGAGCUCUCAGAUAUCUUCUAUUUCUGCCGCAAAGGCAUCGAGACCAUCAUGGAUGAUGAAGUGACUAAGAGGUUUUCAGCUGAAGAGCUGGAGUCCUGGAAUCUGCUCAGCAGGACCAACUACAACUUCCACUACAUCAGUCUGCGCCUCACUGUACUCUGGGGACUGGGUGUUCUCAUCCGCUACUGCUUCCUUCUGCCCCUCAGGAUAGCCCUGGCGUUCACUGGCAUCAGCUUGUUGGUGACUGGUACUACAGUGGUGGGAUAUUUGCCAAAUGGAAGGUGUAAAGAGUUCCUCAGCAAGCACGUUCACCUGAUGUGUUACCGGAUCUGCGUGCGUGCCCUCACAGCCAUCAUCACCUACCACGACCGAGAAAACAGACCUCGAAAUGGAGGCAUUUGCGUGGCUAAUCACACAUCCCCCAUUGACGUGAUCAUCUUGGCCAGUGAUGGCUACUAUGCAAUGGUGGGUCAAAUCCACGGAGGGCUCAUGGGUGUGAUACAGAGAGCCAUGGUGAAAGCUUGCCCCCACGUUUGGUUUGAACGUUCUGAGGUCAAAGACCGUCACCUCGUUGCCAAAAGGCUCACAGAGCACGUCCAGGACAAAAGCAAACUGCCUAUUCUUAUCUUUCCGGAAGGAACCUGCAUCAACAACACAUCCGUGAUGAUGUUCAAAAAGGGGAGCUUUGAAAUUGGAGCCACAGUUUACCCUGUAGCCAUCAAGUAUGAUCCACAGUUUGGAGAUGCCUUCUGGAACAGCAGCAAGUAUGGCAUGGUAACCUACCUCCUUAGGAUGAUGACCAGCUGGGCCAUUGUCUGCAGUGUGUGGUACUUGCCCCCAAUGACCAGACAGUGUGAUGAGGAUGCUGUCCAGUUUGCCAAUCGAGUGAAGUCAGCUAUUGCCAGACAGGGAGGCCUUGUAGAUCUGCUCUGGGAUGGAGGUCUAAAGAGGGAGAAAGUGAAAGAUACAUUCAAGGAGGAGCAACAGAAACUUUACAGCAAAAUGAUUGUAGGCAACCAUGAAGACCGGAGCCGCUCCUGAGUCCUCUGUCUCCAGCACUGUUACCUGGCCAGAGCUCUGUGCCUCCAAUCUGAGCCAGAUCUUGUCUGAAGCAGCUCCAUUUCUUUGGACUUUGGCUACUCCAGAGCUGUUUGGACUUACUCCUUCAUCUACUGGCUCUUCUUUCCUGGAGGCACUAUUACUGCCUAAAGCAUUCAGGUCUUGGGCAACUCUUGGCACAGAUGCCUUCUCGUUACUGUUACAGUAAAGCCCCUUGCAGGGGCAAUAUUAAAUGAAACACUUCUGGUGUCGUAUGCUUCCA